UUUAUUUACCAUUGUCUAUUCAACAAUAGUUAUCUAAAGUAGUUAGAAAUAAUGGGUGUUUUCAGUACAGAAAGUGAGUUUGUUUCCUCUAUUUCUGCUGAAACAUUAUUCAAAGCCAUUGCUGAAGAUAGUAUUGAUAUAUUCCCCAAAGCUUUACCAAGCUUAUUUGAGAGUGCUGAAAUCAUUGAAGGAGAUGGAGGUCCUGGAACCAUUAAAAAGCUUAAUAUUAUCGGAGGUUUAGGGAGUGUGAAGAACCGGGUAGAUGCGAUUGACAAAGCAAACUAUGUGUACAAUUAUAGUAUAAAUGAAGGUAUUGCUUUGUCAGAUCAACCUCUAGAGAAGAUAUCUUUUGAGUACAAAUUGGUGCCAAAUCCUGAUGGAGGAUGCAUUGUGAAGUCAACAAUCAAAUAUUAUACCAAAGGUGAUGCUCAACUUUCUCAACAAUAUUUGGAUGAUGGAAAUGAGAGAUGCAAUAGUUUCACCAAGGCUGUUGUGGAUUACCUUCAACAAAAUCCUAAUUACAACUAAUUAAUUAACUAAUUCAGUGUUACUAAUUAAUAAUAAUGGGAUCCAUUUAUUUGUUGUGUUAUGUUCCAAUAAUUAACAUUUCAAUUUGCUUUAUGAGAAUAGUUAGUUUGUGCUUUACUUAAAAGUGGUUUGUAUACCUAAGCUCUUACUAUUACUACCUAUAGCAUUAUUAAAUAAUUAUAAAUUUAAGUUUGCUCUA